ACGUAAGCAUUUAGGGCGUGGCAAAAGACUAGGGGGAGUGUAGCGAUGAGGAGAGAUCCGGAAGGACUGUUAGUGGCGAUGGCGAGCUCCAUUCCAUCUCCCAGCUUGAAUCACAAGGCCAAAGAUUGGUGGGAGGAGCUCAAUCGCUCUAAAUCCUGGCAAGACGGGGUUUUCUACGCACUGGCUGCUCUAUAUGCCGCCAUCGCCAUUGUAGCUCUUGUGCAACUCAUCCGGAUCCACAGGAGGGUUCGCGACUAUGGCUGGACGACUCAAAAGGUGUUCCAUUUGCUCAAUUUUCUCGUAUGCGCUGUGCGAGCUAGCGUCUUCCUCUUUCGAAGGCCCGCUCAGCACGUCGGUCCUCACAUUCUCCAAUCCUUUUUGCUGGACCUUCCCGGUUUGCUUUUCUUCUCGACUUACACACUGCUCGUUUUGUUCUGGGCCGAAAUCUUCUAUCAGGCUCUAAGUCUUCCCACCGAAAACUUGAGACCCUCGUUCCUGAUCAUCAACACGGCAAUCUAUGUUUUCCAGAUUGCGAUAUGGCUGAUACAAUGGUGGGAUCCGAUGCUUGUGUGGGACAUUUUCUCCCGGGUCUUCUUCGCAGGAGUUUCUUUCGCGGGUGCCUUGGGCUUCCUCUUGUAUGGAGGAAGGCUCUUCUUGAUGCUACGAAGAUUUCCCAUCGAAUCAAAGGGACGGAGAAAGAAGCUCCGUGAAGUUGGCUGCGUUACUGCCAUUUGCUUUACGUGCUUCACUAUUCGCUCUGUGGUGGUGGCAUGGUCUGCUUUCGACAAGAAGGCUGAGAUUGAUGUCCUCUAUCAUCCAAUCUUGAACUUCCUGUACUUUUUGCUUGUGGAGAUACUCCCGUCGGCUCUCGUGCUCUACAUCUUACGCAAGCUCCCAGCAAAAAGAGCCACUUCCACCGCAUACAAAGCAAUUCGAUGAGAAGAGAGUGUUUUUCUUCACAAGAACGAGAAGAAAAAUCCGAGAAGAAAAACUCGAGAAGAAAGGAUGGACGCGUGUGUACGUGUGUAUAUUUCAGUGACUUCUCUGGUAACACAACUUAUGAUUUUGCAUCUUCUGCUA